ACGCUAGAGCUCGUUGGGGGCGUUUUGGUCUUAUCAGAAGCGUCAAGGGUCCGAGAGGACAGGUCAUCCGGCGAAGGAUUUUCCUGUUGUUCACCUGUCGGUGGGCUCUGCAAGCAGCCUGGGGUGCCACGUGGUCAAGGCUCGGGGUACGAAUGUGGCGGGCGGGUCCGGACUCACAAGCCACCCUACUGCCAGGCACUAAAUCCUUUAUCAGCUGGUGGUCGGGACCUCUCUCUCUAGUGGCCUCUGGUCCGAAACUGGGCCACUCAGCGAGGAUGAGUCACAAAGCCGGACUCUCUGGGGGGGCGGGUCGCGUGGGGCGGGGUCUCGUUGGGCCCCCUCCCAGAGGCGAGGUGACGCCCGCGGUCACUUCACAAGGAAGAAAUUGUUACCAGGGCGAUAAGGCCCAGUGGUUGCGGGGCCCGGGGAGUGGGCACAUGGGGGUGCGGGGGUGCAGGUGCCAGGCGCCAUGGGUUAGGCCCGAGAUCGGAGUCCGGCCGCCCCCCGACAGCCGCCGCCUCCUGCUCCCCGUGCGCCCCAGGCGCCACCAUGUCGGGCGACAAGCUCCUGAGCGAACUCGGCUAUAAGCUGGGUCGCACAAUCGGCGAGGGCAGCUACUCCAAGGUGAAGGUGGCCACGUCUAAGAAAUACAAGGGCACGGUGGCCAUCAAGGUGGUGGACCGGCGGCGCGCGCCGCCCGACUUCGUCAACAAAUUUCUGCCGCGGGAGCUGUCCAUCCUGCGGGGCGUGCGGCACCCGCACAUCGUGCACGUCUUCGAGUUUAUCGAGGUGUGCAAUGGGAAGCUGUACAUCGUGAUGGAGGCGGCCGCCACCGACCUGCUGCAGGCCGUGCAGCGCUGCGGGCGCAUCCCCGGCGGCCAGGCGCGCGAGCUAUUUGCGCAGAUCGCCGGGGCCGUGCGCUACCUACACGACCAUCACCUGGUGCACCGCGACCUCAAGUGCGAGAACGUGCUGCUGAGCCCCGACGAGCGCCGUGUCAAACUCACCGACUUCGGCUUCGGCCGCCAGGCGCAUGGCUACCCAGACCUAAGCACCACCUACUGCGGCUCGGCGGCCUAUGCAUCGCCGGAGGUGCUGCUGGGCAUCCCCUACGACCCCAAGAAAUACGACGUGUGGAGCCUGGGUGUUGUGCUCUAUGUCAUGGUCACCGGCUGCAUGCCCUUCGACGACUCGGACAUUGCGGGCCUGCCGCGACGUCAAAAGCGCGGCGUACUCUACCCCGACGGCCUCGAGCUGUCCGAACGCUGCAAAGCCCUCAUCGCCGAGCUGCUGCAGUUCAGCCCGUCGGCCAGGCCCUCGGCCGGGCAGGUCGCGCGCAACGGCUGGCUGCGGGCAGGAGACUCGGGCUAGCCCCGCUGGGGCUCCCGCCGCCGCCCUUGCACUGUGCACGCGCGCGGGCUCCGGGGGCCUGCAGGGCCUCCGCGCGCCACAGCGCAAGCGCACUUUCCCUUUUACCCCAUCCCAUCCCCUCCUUGUCCCUCUGCGCCUGGGCCAGCGUCGCCCCCGCGCGGAACCCAGCUGCUCCUUCACGACGCCUAGAGCUGGGCCCCCCAGACGGCCUCCGCAGGGGCGGGGCGAGCGGAGACGUCGCACUGCGCAUGCGUGGAACAAGCGGGGCCUCGCGGAGUCGGCGCCUGGAGGAGCCACCGAACCGUGUGCGCGCAGAGGGCGAAUUGCACUCGGGUCGCUAUCCCGCGGGGCCUUCAAUAAACUCGCUCUU